AUGUCCGACCCCAGUGACCGGUCCUCGGAGUCCAUGCCCGGUUCCGAAACCACGGGCCUGAAGCCUUUGUCCAAUGUCGAGGAUAUGGCCCUGCCGAACCCUAGCAACAGUGAGCUCUCUCGCUUUAUGAGCCGUGCCGGCAUCUCCCUGGCCAAUGGCUUUCCACUCGAGGACGACGAGGUCGAUGAAGAGGUGGACGAGGACUAUGUCGCCGUCGACCAGGAGGACGCCAAUGAUUUCCCCGUUUGGUUCCGCCGCCCCCCGACACAGCACCGCACCAAGCUCGAUGAAUUGCACCCUUUCGUCCAACUGCUCUCCGUUUCCAAUGUUGAAGACUGCGUCGAGGUGGAGAAGGCGUUCCCCGAGGCGGAGCGUUGCUCGCGUGACAAGUUUAUCUACCGUCUCAGCCGGUGCCCAGAACUCAGCCUGGGACUCUUUACUCUGCCUAUCAUCAAGGCCGGUGAUCCCAAGCCCCCCGCGACGCUUGUCGGCCACAUCAUUGCCACCCGAACAUCGGGGCCCUGCGUCACCGAUAAAUCCAUGAAGCUUCCUUCCAACUGGCAAAGCGAGCGUUGGACAUUUGAGGAUGGCGAAGCCGUUGGUCAUGAAGAGGGUGGCAGUACUAUUGCGAUUCAUUCACUUGCUGUGCUGGAAGAGCACCAGGGCAAGCAGGUCGGUAGCACUCUCAUGAAGUCGUAUAUUCACCGCAUUCGGGAGGCUCAGAUCGCCGAUCGGAUCGCGAUCAUAGCUCAUGACCACCUGGUGGACUUCUACAAGUCUUUCGGCUUUGAGGAUUGUGGCGAGAGCAAGUGCCAAUUCGGCGGCGGCGGAUGGAGGGAUCUGGUUCUGGAAUUCGGGAAUGAGCCCCUGCAGGGCUAG